CAAAAUGCCUAUGAAUUCUCUUCCAACAGCUAUUCUUGCUCACAUGGUAGCCAUUAACAAUGUGCCACCCCCUCCACUUCGCAACAUACCAGGCCUGAGACUAAACAGGACCAUAAAUUAUGAUCAGUUGAAUGCCUUAUGCCACAUUAGAGGACUAAAAAGCAUCAGGCAUUCUUCGCUUAAUUUGACAGCUCAUAAUACAUUUAUCAAGCAAUAUCGUCAAAUAUUCUUACCUGAAAAAACAACAUUGCCUAAAAUUUCUCAACUGGGUGAAAAAAGAAAAUUUACUGGAAAAACAGAUGAAAUGAUUCCUCAACCUGAAGAGUCACACAACAUAGGUGUGUAUGUCAGACAAGCACGUGGUGGUCCUACUCUUUAUGAAGAAGAAAGAGCUGCAAUGAAGUUUAUAGAGUUCUUAGCUAUCUUAAAGAAAGUACCAAUUCAUAGAACAAUCCAUGAACACAACACUGUGUGGAGGAUGCUGAAGAAAAUUCCAGUGUUAGCUUCUCAGCUCAGUGAUGAACAUCUGAAAAUUCUCAGUAAGAAAGUAAUUUCUGAAACUUGGAUCAAAGGCAGCACAGUGAUCGGUGAUGAUGGGCUUUAUGUCAUACUGAAGGGUCUGGCUAGACCUCGUGUAAAGGUAUUAAGAAGUCUGACUGAAGAUACUGACUCCAUUAACUCUUCAAUAUCCAGGGAAAGCCUUGCUUUUGAUGCAGAAUUAAUAGACUCUACACUGGCUGAGCUAUACCUGCCUUCACAGGAGUUAGUGCUGAGAAAGUGGAGUACUUUUGGCUCACUGGAAGUUGACCCUGAGACUGGAGUGGAUGCAACUCUGCAUUCAGUUGUGACUGAAGAUGACUGUGAAAUUCUUAAAAUCCCUGCAAAGGAAUAUGAGAAGUUAAAAUUGGAAAAAAUAAAACGUGAAAAUAUCCGAAAGUUGAAAUUAAUCCACAAGUGUCCUUUUUAUGAAAACUGGCCUACUUUGACCAUAUAUGAUCUAGUUUCACUUAGUGAAUGGAAAAUUUUUCCUCCGGGUCAUGUGUUAGUGGAAAGUGGAAGUGUCAUUUCAUUUGUGGGUUUUAUUAAUUCUGGAUAUUGUAACAUUUAUAGAAAUGUUGUUGGACUCGUGAGACUACGAUUAAACAAGGUGAAAAAAGUUAAAAAACUUGUUUAUAUGGGUAAACUUAAAGAGAAGGAGUCAUUUGGUGAGAUCAGUAUUCUUCUUCAAGAUCCUUUCUCAUGUACAAUUAUUACCGGAGGAGAAGUUGAGAUGAUGAUUAUCGAAGAUAAGGAUAUACUUGGUAAAUCACUGGACUCUGUGACCAAGGAACUUAUGAUCCAAACAGCAAAACCAACUUUUGGCCAUCUGACAGAAGAAGAUGUAAAAAAUGAAUAUGUACAGAAGGUACAAGAAAAAGAAUGGAAAUAUUUCAAGAAUAAGACAAUUAAAAGAACCUUGCAAUGUAAUGGAGUUCUUCCUGGCUUCGGAAAAUGGGACCACUACUGGCCAACUAUUCCCAGGAAUCUCAAGGACACGCUUGUUAGUUAUUAAAGAUAUUGG